GGUUGCAUUUCCGAUCGAGACUAAAUUGCGGACGGUCUUCUACCUGCAGCAGAGAUGCAUGAUAAUAUAUCGUUGUCUACCUCUUUCUUGCUUCUAGACCUCCUCAUAAUUAUUAAUCAUAAUACCUUAAGAUCUUUAUCGAAUUUCUACAAGUGACAAACUCAACCGCUAUAUUCUCGUAUUCUUCGUUAGCAUCGUGGCGUUAUCGCCAUAUACCUGUACUUCUUCGUCAUGGCGAUAACUUCUAUAUCCGAUACGGAAGAUGUCCAGAAGAUAGAACAGAAGAGAGACAGCUCGACGAACGGGGAAUCUGGCGCCUUUACUACGGAAGAAGAACAGAAACUUGACCGUAAAAUUCGAUGGAAGAGAGAUAUAGUAAUCAUACCCAUCAUGGGGACCUUAUACAUGCUGUUAUUUCUAGACCGGACAAACAUCGCCAACGCACGGAGUUUGGGCAUUGACCAACCAACCGGUUUGGAGAACGCCUUGGACAUGCCAUCUUAUGGAUACAAUACGGCCCUAUGGAUCUUCUAUAUUCCUUUCGUAUUAACGGAGGUUCCGGCGAACUUAAUUCUAAACCUCAAUAAGAUACGCCCUGGUAUUUUCCUCGGUGGACAGGUGUUUCUCUUAGGCGUACUUGGAAUGUGUCAAGGCCUAACAGCGAGCUACGGUGGACUAUUAGCCGUCCGCUUCCUAUUAGGUGUCUUCGAGGCUGCUCUUCCUGCUGGCGCGACUUACAUGAUAUCGCUGUACUACACGAAGCGCGAGGCGUCUAAUAGGUUCGCCUGGUUCUUCAACUUCGCUCUCGCAGGUCCGCUUUUCUCGGGACUCUUAGCUUAUGCCCUUGAAAAAAUGGAAGGUGUUGGAGGUUACGAGGGCUGGCGGUGGAUAUUCAUCAUCGAAGGGCUGAUGACAUGCGUCCUCUCCGCUAUUAUUUUCUGGCUAUGUCCCAACUUCCCUCGCGAAGCGCAAUCUUGGUUCUUGUCAACCCAGGAACGGGACCGUCUGAUUGAUAUCCUCGAGGCGUCUCGCGGUCUCGAAACCGAAGGCUCGGCUGCGGACAACGUCCCUGUCUGGAAAGUUCUUGUCGAUUGGAGAAUCCAUCUCCUGACUCUGUGUUUCUUUUGCGUUGAUGUCACGGCCUCGUCGAUAGCGUCUUUCUUGCCGACAAUACUCACUGAAAUGGAUUGGAUGGCAACUACUGCUCAACUGAUGCUGAUGCCUAUCUGGGCGGCUGGAAUCGUGUCCACCUUCAUUAUCACUUGGCUUGCUUCUCGUCUCAAUUUCCGCGCGCCCUUUCUUCUCUUCUCUAUUAGCUUACAGAUUGUUGGAUGGAGUAUUAUAGCAGCUUAUCCCCCAAACGCUAUAGUGCGAUACGUCGCGCUCUGUUUUAUGACAGCGGGUACCUAUCCGCAGAUGUCCAUCUUAACGGGAUGGCUCAGUGCCAACCUGCGUGGUCGCAAGUACCUCGCCGUCGGUAUGGCUUGGAUGGUAGGGUUUGGUAAUUGCGCUAAUUUCAUCAGCUCAAAUGCCUUCAUCACUACCGAGCACCCGCAAUAUCCCACUGGUGUUGCCACGGGACUCGCCUUCACGAUCCUGGGUUUCGUGCUGACAUGGGUCGUAUUUAUACUCUUGAUCCUGGGAAAUAAAAGGCGGGAUAGAAUCCGUGCGCAGUUGACGGAUGACGAGCGCGAGCAUUAUAACGAGCUACAUUUCAAAUUUGUUUACUAAAUACUGUUUAUUGCCGUUCAAAGUAAAACAAACGCCAGGGGAAAGAUCUUGUUUAGGUGUUAUGACAGAAGUAGCCAAUCUU